AUGGAUCCCAACAGUGAGUUUCCGGCGACAACGCCGACGAUGGUGGCCGGAGAGUGGGAAAAGCAAUUAAUGAGGCCGUGUCAAACUAUGCCUUCCGUCAGCGCCUUACACACGUGGAGAUCAAUCAUUCACACUGUGGUCCCGGCUCCAGGGAAACUCGUUGACUUAUCCAGUUUGCCAAACAUUGCUGCGUUUUCGAUGAUAAAUAUAGUCGCCAGAUUAAUUCAAGUGCAGACGUACUUACAUUAUCAGUUAUCACCAAAGGUAGAAGAAGUCUAUAGCCUUUUUAUCAUCGUCCAUCGAUCAUAA